AUGGUUUCCGACGAGCACUACGAGAUCUGCCUCCCUAUCCUUCAGGAUGCUACUCUCGAGGACGAAGACAAGACGGACAAGCUCGAGGACCUCCUGCGAAGCCAGACAACCUUGAACGGCUCCUCAUUAGACAAUGCGAUCCUCGAUGUGUUAUGGCGAUACCGUGAUGGAGGCGGAGCUGCCGCCUCUCCGCCUCCCAUCCGUCAGACCAUCCUGCGACGACCAUCACCUGCAUCUUGGCGCGGCAAUGUCACUCCUCUCUCAGGAUCUCCGCGCCUUGGAGUUAGCCCACUGGCUCCUCCGGGCUUUGUCCCGUCCUUUACCCCGUCCUUCACUAGAACGAAGUCAUCCGCCGUCUCUCCCUUCUCCUCCCCAAGACCUUCCCCGAGACUCGCCUUUGCAACGCCCGCUAUACCUCACAGCCCUAACCUCAACGCGUACGAGUUCGCCAGCGAUAAAUCGCCUUCCCAUGAAACCUUUGGCGAUUACCAGACGGAGAAUGUAGAGUGGCUAGUAGCGGAUGAUGCCAUCAGCGUCACAUCGUCCCUAGGGACUUCAAGCGGCUUGAACGCCGCCGCCCCGGAGUUCUCGUCCAUGUCGUCGCAACAAGCCGACAUGUCCCCCUAUGACAUGCUCCGCUCAAUUCUUGGCCAGACACGGACUGAUGAAGAAAUCGAGGCCGCCCUUGCGGUCCAUGGAUACGAUCUCAGCGCGACAAUCGUGUCCAUCAUGGAGAGCCAAGCGCAAGAUAUUGGUUAUAGUAGUCCACAGCCCGAGGAGAACAAGGUCUCUCUCAUUGGGAAAGCUCUGGCUGCUGAGAGCCGCCCUACUACACCAGCUGGGCAGCGAUCGGGCGUCAUCUGCAAGUUUUAUAUGUCCACUGGACAAUGUCUUAGGGCGGAUUGCCGGUUCAGCCAUGACUUGAGCAACCACCUUUGCAAGUACUGGGUCAUGGGCAACUGCUUGGCAGGCGAUACAUGCAUAUUCUCUCACGACCCUGCACAUCUCAUGAACAAGCUAACCAUGGACGGGGCCAGCACGCCGCCUGCCAAACAAGCCAACUUGAACGAUUUUAACUUAUUCCCGGCACUCCCAGCAGGCACCACUGAACAUGUCGGCAGCUACAGUGGAAGCUCCAAUGUUACCAUCGGAAUUACGCCACCGCCUGGUCUGAAGCCAUUCUUUGGGGGGGAGAGCCCUCGGUCUAGAUCUCGCCCGGGCAGCCGACACCAGCAAGCUAGGGAGCCCGUAGCCCCCUCGCUAGAUGACGCAGAUGCGUUUCCUACUUUGGGCUCUGCUGUUGCGAAGCAGGGCAAGAAGCACCAUGGGAAACGAGGCGGUCACGGUCACAAGGAGAACUUUACACCAAACUCCCUUGCCGAGAUUGUCAAAAUGUCACCAUCUCCCGGCCCAGCUUCGCUUCGCCAAGACCUCAAGAAGAUUGGACGGAACGGCAGCUCAACCAGUAUCCGAAACGGGGAGAACAGCGCGGCAGCCCAAGCAAUCCCGAGCCCGAAACACAUCCCAUGGCUGGAAACCGGCGAAAGAGCCAACAAAUCCUAUCUCAAAGCUCGACAAGAAGCCAUUAAGCACGGCGGUCUCAGAAACAAGUUCCUUCAGAGUGCCGCACAAGCCUGGAACCGCAACGAUGCGAGGGCUGCUAAGGCUCUGAGCUUGCGUGGCCAGAGCGAGAAUGAUCUUAUGCGGAAGGCGCACCGAGAGGCAGCUCGCGAAUUGUACGAAGAGCGCAACAAGGCCAACGCAAACAGCGUCGAGAUCUACGUUGACCUGCACGGGCUUCAUCCCGAAGAAGCUGUGGAGUACUUGGAACGGGUGCUGAUGGAGAAUGUCAAGGAAAGCCGGCCGAUCUACGCCAUAACAGGCACAGGUCACCACAGUAAGAAUGGCAAGGACAAAGUCGGCAAGGCUAUCCGCAACUUUCUGAACGAAUGGCGAUACGCCUACCGCGAAUUCUCUGUUCCCGGAGACCGCAACAACAUGGGCGGAAUCUUGGGCAUCGAUGCUCGUAGUUAUGACAAGGGUCUGGCUCGCGAGGGAGCAUCAAGUGCAGAUGACAGCAAGGAGGAAGUGGACAUCCUGAGCCAGGGUGUGGAAAUUGGGGAUGGCAAGGUCAGGCUUCUUGUAAGAGAUCCUCCGAAAGGACCCAGCGGGCGCCGAUGA